AUGUUUAAGUACAAGAUUGUUCAUUCCGGUCUUUUAAUUCGACCUGAAUUAUCUUGGCUUGGUGCUAGUCUGGAUGGAAUUGCAGUAAAUGAAAAUGGAACAUUUUUGAGAACUGUCAAAAUAAAAACUCCUAAGGAAGGAGUACGUUUAACAGCCUCUGAACUUAUUGAAAUGGAAGUUAUUAAAAUUUUGGAUAAACAGGGACAACUAAAAAAGCAACAGAUCAUUAUGCACAGAUACAAAUUGGAAUUCUUGGAGCGAGGAGAGCAGAGGGGAGAGGAGAGCAGAGGAAUCGAGAAUCGAUAUAGAGAAGGAAGAGGAUUGGCCGGGAGGAUCGAGAGAUCGAAGGAUAUGGAAGAAGGGAGCGACAAGCGAGGAGCUAUGUCGGAGAGGAGGAAGAGAGACAGAAGAGCUCGGGCUGGACGACGAGAUCGAGUAAUCGAGAAGUCGGCCACGAGGAAGAGGAGGUGGAAAAGAAAAGUGUUCAUGCGUGCAGAAGGAGUAGGAGAGGUGACAGGCAGUGCAGGUGACAAGGCACGUGAAAGUGAUAGCGGAAGAAAAGGCGGAGGUGAAAACGGAGGCAGAGAUGAAAAGGAGAAGGAAAGGGAGAAAGAAGGAGCUGGAGGUGAAGCAAAGAGGAAGAAAGAGAGAAAGGUGGCGCAGGAAGGAAGGGAAGAAGGAGAGGAUGACAGGUGGAGACAGGAAGGAAAAGUGAUAUAG